GGAUGACCCAGGUGGCAGCUAAGGGAUUAGACCUCGAGAUCACCGAGCUUCGGCUAGGACUUCCAGGCGACUGUUGCAGUUUAAUUUCGACGAGUAAGAACAAUGAGAAGAAAAGGGUUUUCUCUGAGGUGGAAGUAGAAGACAAGAGUCGGAGCAAAGGUGAGGAUGAGGGACGGAGGAAGCAGGUGGUGGGGUGGCCACCAGUGUGCUCAUACCGACGGAGGAAUAGCUUCAAGGGAAAGGGAGAGCAGUGUGAGAGUGAAGAAAUAAUGAAUAUGGGGAUGAAGAAACAGAUGUAUGUGAAAGUGAGCUUUGAAGGAACACCUUUUUUAAGGAAGGUUGAUUUGGGAAUGGUGAAAGGAUAUGGAGAUCUUGUUGGAGCAAUGGAGAAGCUGUUUGGGAGUCCAAUUGGUUGCUAUGAAUAUACUGUCACUUAUGAAGAUAGAGAUGGAGAUUGGAUGUUGGUUGGGGAUGUGCCUUGGAAGAUGUUCAUUGAAUCAUGCAAGAGAUUGAGGAUAAUGAAGAAAACAGAAGGCAAGGGAUCAGAGAUGAACUCAUUGAGCCAAUAAAUUAAAGAGCUUCUUCAAGAGAGGAUAUCUCAAAACAUAGAAUAACAAAGCCUCAUGGGAAGAAGCACUUUCUUUCUUUGUGUUUAUUUGAUUUGAUUGUUUUUCUUUUUUUUUGGUUCAUUUGCCAUAAAUAUUUCAGAUUUCAGAUUGAUGGUUGAUAGAUACCUUAACUAGCUAAGGUAAUUUAUGUAGAAGAGAUGUAUCUCUCAAAUGAUUCAACUACUCUAUUUUUUUUUUUAAUUUGUACUUAUUAACUUUUUGUAAUUGUACGGUAGUUCAAAUUCCCAAUCAAUCCAAUAUAUAUGGAAUAAUAAUAUUAGUAAAUUUGAGGAA